ACCGUAAUUUGUGAUCGUAGAUGAAGACAAGUUGUGACAAAGCUGUUUGUGAUCUGUGAGUGUCAUAACCACAGAUCAUAACCUUUCUUUAUUCAUGUCAAAACAAAUAACAGUUUUGUGAAUUGUUAGAUUUUAUUUUCUUGGUGGUUGGAGUAGUAUUGCGAUAAUAACGUUUGUGAAUAUACCUUGUCGAUGUUCGAAGAAAGGAGGCCAGUACUGGAAUUACCAAUCUGCUUUUAAAUCGGGCUUGAGUGUGGAAACAACGACACCCAUCUUCGACUGUAUCCAGAAGUAGCUGGACGCAUGAAAGCAGGCCGCAAUUGAAACUAGCGAACAGUUUGCAGUGAAAAUCCAAUUUAAUAGUAUUGAUUUUAUAUUUACGGAUAGCGAUAAAUUGUGAGUCAAAAGCAUGAACAAGAUAGAAUUAGAAGGAACAGCCCAUUUGCUUGAUGAGCUUGACAAAAAACUUAUGGUUUUACUGCGCGAUGGUAGGACCUUAAUAGGCUACUUGAGAAGUGUAGAUCAGUUUGCGAAUUUAGUUCUACAUAAAACUAUAGAAAGGAUUCAUGUUGGCAAGGAAUACGGUGACAUACCCCGGGGAAUUUUUAUUGUACGAGGAGAAAAUGUUGUGCUUCUAGGCGAAAUUGAUAUAGACAGAGAGGAUAAAUUACCGCUAACAGAGAUCUCGGUGGAUGAUGUUUUAGAUGCACAAAGAAAAGAACAAGAGUUACAUAUCGAAAAACAGCGGCUUAUUUCAAAAGCUCUAAAGGAAAGGGGUCUGCAAAUGAAUGCGGAUUUAGUUCAAGAUGAUUUAUAUUAAAAUUGGAACUGACGAGCACACUAUUUUAUUUUCUUUUUAUAACUAGGCCCCAUUAAAUACUGGUAUAAAUCGCCGUUCUGUUGAAUAACAUGCUAUUUAUUUCAAAA